AUGACAACAUUAAAGAUGGACAGUUCUCUUAGUAUCCAUGUGCUGAACACUGCAGAUGGGGUUCCUGCAUCACGCAUGGCCCUGAGUCUGCAUCGUUUGGACCCUCAGAUGGUUGUCUGGAACCUCAUAACUAUAGGAACCACAGCUGAAGAUGGUCACUGUUCAGAGCUAAUCACAAGGCAAGAUUUUACUGUAGGAAUGUACAAAAUACGCUUUGAGACUGGCCAGUACUGGGAAAGUUUGGGUCAGACUAGUUUUUACCCAUAUGUUGAGAUUGUCUUCACUAUUACAGACCCAGAUCAGAAGUUUCACUUUCCUCUAUUACUCAACAGAUAUUCAUACAGCACCUACAGAAGCAAGUAAUAGGAGCUUGUAGUUGAAUUAAAGUGGGUUGUCAAAAUAGUCCUGA